AUGGCUAGCUUCGAAAUUGUCGAGACAUCGGACACUGAAGAACGGGAGCUGCUUAGAUCAGAGGAUGCGGACUACUGGAAACAAGCGACUCUGGCCGUCGUCGAUCACUGGCAAUGCGGGCUAUUAAACCGGCUCAAUCAUGCGGGAGACUCGUUGUAUUCCAAUCCACCUCGUACUCCGGACCGAACUCCUCUCUCUAUGAGGUCUGUGGGUCAAGGAGAUGACCAAGGAUACGACUCUCCAUCGCCGCGUAAGCGUAGAAAGCUAGCGCCUGCAUUCCCACUGGAAGAUGCUCCAACUGCACAUUUGUCUAGCCCCCGCAGUGCUACCGUAUAUGAUGAUUCUAGACCCGCUUCGCCUAGCCGCGACGUCGAGAAUCCUCAAGCCGAUUGCCAUGGUUCGCAAGUGCCUGAGGAGGAUGAGGGACGAAGCCCAGUCAUUUCCCAGGAUACACUUACUGCGGAGCAGGAUCCCGGGGGGAAUAUGGCUUCGACAGUGAAAUCGCUACCUAGUAGUCCUUCAAAGUCCCGGGUGCACACUUUCCAAGACGGAGGAGAUCAUGUAACGAAGGAGGAUGUUGGUGGAGAACAAGUACUGUUCUCUUUUCCACUUUUAUCCGUCAGAGAGCCUUCUUCCUCUCCCGAUCCCCUCAAUCUGUCGACGCCUCCUCAGCUAAGGCAUGCGGACCAGGGUGAGCGGGCUAAAACACCUAACAUACUUGGCAGCAGCCGAAACCACCAUCAUUCAUCCGAUAGCCCACUGUUUACCCCUAGAAGUUCGAGGAACAUUCAGCCGUCGUCCCCCUUGACUCCUCUCGCCGCGAAAAGUAUUAUGGUGGAAUCCCAGUCCUCUCCUGCCACGCACUCAAAUGCUCGACGUACCAUGGACAUGGCCCCGCAAGCGAGUACGUCGAGAUUGGCUGCAAACGAACAGUCCCGCCCGGAUAUCCAGACAGCUGAGAACCAGCAUCAGUUUGUGCGGUACUCCCUGCGAGCGCGACAAGCGAAGCAGUUGAACCCGUAUGCCUACGACCAGGCAUAUUACAAACAGCUGAUGCGGCGUAAUCCUGAUGCUAUUGUCAAGGUUGUCAGUCCGGAGCAUGAGAAGAGACACCAUCGCCACCACUCCCACCAUGAGCAUGACUCGGAUCGUCCUAGGCGGGCCCGGUCUCGCUCCAGAGAUUUGAGCCCGUCUCAUAGUAAAUCCAGGUUACGGAAGAGCAUGGAGCCGGAAGCGAUCAGAAACCGCAAGUCUCGUAGUCCGCCCAGACUAGAGAAGGCGGUUGAAAAGUCGAAGCCCAAGUGGUACCCCAAGCUUCUGGAAGAAGGGCUUGGUAGUGAUGAAGAUGACAUGGUCCUUCAGGGGCAAAUAUCACCUCCGCCUCCUCGUCGUCUUGAAGGGAGAAUUGGCUGUAAGGAAGGUGACGACAGGACAAGAGGAUCACAUUCCAUGAAACCAGCUGCGCCGUGGUUCUUGAACCUGCCCAGUCCACCAGGCCGGCUGGGAAGCCCUUCGUCAGGCCUAAGUGCCACUGAUGGUCCUAUCGAACGUGAUAUGGAACAUAGUGGAAGUAUGGACUUUGGGCCAAUACCUUUCCCUUCGCACAACCCUAGUCCGGCUCGUGGUGUUCGCGGCGAAUCGUCUGAUUCUGAACCAUCCGCUUCCAGUACUUCGGAGGAAAUAUCUAAAGAGGACCAGAAAAGGCUGAGGAUUUUACGCCGUAUGAUGCCUGCUGCCAUGAUUAAUCGCACUCUCAAGAAAGGCCAACAAGGACCAAGACGGAGAUCGGUGCGCUCAAGUGACGACGAGGGCGACGCUUUAUCUUCCGCCGCUGUCUUGCCCGGUCAGUCCAGGAGGCGAAUAGUGCACAAUGGAGCAAAUGUACGCGCGGAGAUCGUCGGUGACUCGGAGAGCUCGGAUGCAGAGAGUGUCCUGAAGUCGUCAGACGACGAAGCUGGCGUGCAGUCAGCUGAGCAUGCUCCCCGUCCUCUGCACCCUCCGCAGGAGGGAUUCGCUUCGGAUGAGGAGCGGCACAGCCAAGUGGAGAAUUUCGGUGAGGAUUCCCUCGACGAAGGGGAGAUCGACUCUUGGCUCAGCCACACUGCAAUGCGACCGCAAACUACACGUCCACGGCGACGUGAGGGAGAUCUCAUAGACUGGAUGUUGACUAAAACUAGACACUAUGGCGGUAAACGACAUCGUAAGCGUGAUGGCACAGGCGGCGGCAGACCACGCCAAAGCUCACGACCCAGGCUCAAUGUUGUCGCUGCCGGCGCAAGAAAGUUCGGGGACGGGCAUCAAACAUUGUUGACCUUCGGUCGCCAGCAGAACGUCGACCGUGACUCUUCUCCGCGGUAUCGCUCUGGCGAGCCAUUCGAAGAAGCAAGGGAACAUGGGCCGGGUAAUGUCCACCAAAUUACAGAAAGGGAUGCCUCGCACGCUGCGGAAAGGAGGAAGUGGAAGCGAAAGAAAGCUCGGAAACCGAAAGCUUAUGUCCUUUCGAAUCCCGGAAUUCGUACUAGCUCCGGCAAGCGUCAAACUCAUUUCAUCACAGUGGACCUGGAGGAUGAAGACUUUCGUCAAGCACUAGCUCCUCGUAAGACCCCCGAGGGAGGCCCGACUGGUGGGCGUAAGCAUAGAGUCGGCUCUCGUACUUAUGGCAAUCCGGACACCCCAAUAGAAAUCGAGUCGGACGAUGAUGCACAACCCAUGCGCCGACUGGUGCGUCACAGGACGCCGGACCAUUCUGACAAGCUUCUACGCGACAUCAAGUCCGACUGCAAUAUACCCUUUCUCCCUUCAGGCGUUGCAUUUGGCCCAGAGACAUAUAUUGGUCGAGGCUGGCUGCAUGAAUUGACUUUGGUGGUCUCCCAGGGCCAUGAAAUCCCCCGGCCAAUUGCAUAUACCGCUCACGGGAUCGUGCUCGAACCUACCAUGACGAUGGAGGAAUUCAGCAAAAUCUUUCCAGACAUUUGCGAUGUGUGCUUUGUUCAGGCGACGACUCCUGUUGAAGGAGAAGAGCCAGACGAAAUCAAAAGAUGGGAAUUCUCGAUGCAUGUUGCUUGCCAACUCUUGUCUUGGCUCGCAAGUCGGAAUACCGCACGAGACCAGGAGAACACGUUCAUUGCCGAUAUAAGACCCCAAAUCACUCGGCUAGUCCAACGCUUGGAGGAAUCCCUGAUGCUACUGGCCAACUGCACGAAAAAGCCCCACUUUUGGGCCGCCUACUGGUUCGCAAUCGAAGCCAACAUCCGGUUGACUUUCUCAUCUCAGCCUGACACUGUCGAUCUACAUUCGUUGUUGGAAUUAGCUAGUCGACUCGUCGGCCAUCUUCGGGGAUAUGGCUUACAGCAAACCAUAGACUCGGUUACGACGUUAGAAAAGCCGCUUGACGACGGAGAUGCAUCAGUCCGUACGGCAGAACUAUGGAUAUGCCUGUUCCACGUCUGUGAAAGCAUAGUCGCCAAUAACCUUGGAAGGUCUGUCUCGCACCCGUAUUGCCGUAUAGUCAUGCAGGCGAUUCAAGCUGGGAAUGACAACCUUCACUCUGACCUCGAGAGCAGCGAAGACGCAUGGAAAGCCAUCUUCACUAUGUCUGCUUUAUCCCAAUUCUCAAUGCACGGAAUGACAACGUCGAUGCCUCGCCUUCCAGCUGCAUGGGAGCUUGUUGAGUAUGCCCUGAAGCGUAUUCGUCUCACAGCGGACCCUGAUUCUACACAAGGGCUGUCUAGACGGAGCCUUUCAAAGCGUGACGGAUACAUCCGUUUGGUUGUCUCAAGAUGUUUCGUACUGUGGAAGAAGUGGCGCUGGCGUUUGGAUGGUGCAAUGGCUAUUUUCAAUCACCUGGUUGAAAUAUUCAAGAGUCGCAAGUUCACCAAUUUGCUCGAUGAACGACCUGACUUCCCAAACUUUUUGAGGCGCGCCGAUGUGCGACUGCUGUCCGAGUGCACCAGUGGCGAUACUGCCUUUUCUGUCUUCUUGAAGUUGAUCGUUCAGACGGCCGGCGACCUUCGAAAUCCAGUCGGGCAAGGUAAUACAGACCCUUCAGCUCCUAGACUGAAGAAACUUUUGUCUAUGGCUGUCCCAGUAGGAUCCGUGCCUUUCACUAAGGCGACGCCCCCUAUGGGCCAGGAGCUUUCGAUGUUGUACAACCGCUACAGCGCCAUUGCCAUAGCUAUCUACCUUGAUCCUUCACCAGCCAACGUCCGCUUCCGACUCUCUCAUGCCCAGCGUUAUGUCAUUUUCAAGGACACGGACUUCGCGACGCGUAUGGCAUGUAUCCGCGGUGUUAUGCAUCUAGCCAUGCUGAUACGCCAUCUCAAGCUUCCAAUGGACAUCAUAAACAACUGGUUAGGGGAGAUCACGAACGUCCUCGUGGACGAGUGCGCCGGAACCGGAGCUGCAGGACAAUCGAGCGAUAAUAGAAACCAUGUUCUCCUGACAAUUCAGCUAUUGCUGGGGUCAAUUAGGCGGAUCAUUGAAACGCCUUGCAUGGACCCGUCUAAUGUGGAGACAACGUAUCCUGACCCGGGAUUACUCGAAGGACCAUGGGUAACGCGAGUAUUCGCGGCUUCAACAAACUUGGCUAAUGUACCAACCACCGGGCUGGAGAUUCGCAAGCUCGUCCAGGCAUUCCUGGAUGCUCGAGCAGCGGCAAUGCCCAUGCCAAGGAUCAAAGGUCCAGCUGCCGCGAACGUUGCCCCCGCGGACGAAGACAGCCAAGAUAUAUAUGGGGACUUGGAUCUCGACUUGGACGACCCAGAGCUGCUGGCUGCCCUUGGAGAAGAUGUCGAAGACACCAGGCUGAAGGAGAUGAAGGCUAAAGAUGAGGUUGUGUGCAAGGUCAUGGAUCAACACAUAUCUCCUGCUAUUUAUCGGCUGGUGUGCAAGAAUAUCAACGACUCGUCCGCAGAAUUCCCUAGCGAGGAACACUGGGCGGACAUUGAUAAGUGGAUCAAUUGCUGGGUUGGCUGUGCAAAUGUCAUUGUUCAGAAUGGCCGACGGGAAUGGUCCCAUUACUUGGCCCUUGGGCCGCAAUCUUGGGAAAGGAUCAUAGAGGCUGCAUGGAGGCGGAGAGUCGGUCUUCGCUUCAUGUACAUGGUUCUGCGGUCAGAUCCCCGGGCAUACCAUGACUAUCAGGACCGAUUUCUGGAAGUAUUCUUCGAGUCGUUGGUCGCGCGAGAAGUCUCGAUUGAGAACCAAUAUAUUGCCUUGCUGCUUACUGUCGAUGGACUUCAUCAUCCAUUGCUUCGAGGUGUACCCUGGGACUUGAACGGCGAGGCUGAGUUGUCGAAAUUGGAAUUUCUAUCUGGACGUUUGGCCUUCAUAGAAGCUGUCUUCAUAAACCUGGUUCGCGUAUUUCGAGAAGAUCAUGACGUUCAAACAAGAGGACAGAAUCAGUCAAACACUGAACUCAUCACGUCGAUGCUGGCAGCCAUGCAAGACUCGUAUGAACGCCAGAACGAGCAAUCGGACCUCCAUGAAGUCUACGCGGAUUUCUGUGGUGCUGUACUUCGCCUGUUGGCCAGUCAUCCUGUUUUGUCAGAGCAUCAGCGUCUUUCCCCCUUCUUGGAUUGGGCACACAAAAUUGGUCUGGUCCAUUAAGCGUUGUGCUUGGUCGCUUAAUUUAUUGGAACGAACUCUGGAGAACGCAUGUAGCAUAAUAUCUUGCAAAUGGAAACUGUACGCGCG